AAUUAUCACACGACCAACUUCAACAUUCAGAGACUUUAGCUUCAUGUCAACACGGCCCUUCCCUUCCUUUUACCUUACAUAAUUACUCUUCCUUUAAAUAAAUUAUCCCAUCUGAAUAUGUAAGAUACCACGAGACAAGAUGCGCUUCCUUAGCAUCAAUACCAUAUUCGCCGUUACCUUCCUGGGGAUCGCAUCGUCUGCCCUCGCACAUCCAACAUCUGCAAACACGCCAUUGCACCAUGCUGCCUUUCUCGCAUCCCAAUCAAUUGAUCAAUCCGUUUCUGCCUCUCACACUCGAUCUUCUCCUUCCUCCUCCAUCUCUGCGCAACUCCAGUCAGCGCACGACCAGCCAACAAUAUCUUUACCCCUCUUCCACUCUCUGGAAGAACUUGCCCGUCUGGUCGACAUAUCUUACUGUAUUGGCACAAGCGGGAUUUCAAAGCCUUUUCAAUGCGCCAGUCGCUGCGAUGAAUUUCCAGGGUAUGAGUUGGUAGAUACGUUUAAUACAGGGGUGGUAAAAAGUGAUAGUUCUGGAUAUAUUGUACUAGAUCAUGGAUUGCAGAAUGGAGGGACUGGGAGAGAAGGUAGAAUCAUUGUCGCCUUUAGGGGUACUUAUUCUAUUGCGAAUACGAUUGCAGAUUUGAGUACCGUCCCGCAAGAAUAUAUACCAUAUCCUGAGGAUCCCGAUAAGCCUGGUGACCAGGAUGCUUCUGGUGUUACUUCUGAAACAAGUGUUGUACAACGGUUCUUCAAUCGAAUUCCUCGACCUUGGCCCUUUAGGUGGCAACACGCAUUAAAGUCGAUGACAGCAGAACAAAAUUUGGGAAAAUUGGAGAGAAAGUGUACAAAUUGUACGGUUCACACAGGCUUCUAUACUUCAUGGCUUAAUACCCGUCCAUAUAUCCUACCGCAUCUUAAUGUCUUGAAACAGAAAUAUCCAGAAUAUCAGUUGCAUCUUGUAGGACAUUCACUUGGUGGAGCAGUUGCCGCUCUUGCAGGACUAGAACUCGAAGGGAAUGGAUGGAGAACGACAGUUACAACUUUUGGGGAGCCAAUGAUUGGAAAUGAUGGGUUAAUGGAAUUUAUUGAUGGAGUUUUUGAGUUGGAUGAGAGAAAUCACGACGGUAUGAAUAGAAGAUAUAGAAGGGUAACACAUGUAGGAGAUCCGGUACCAUUACUUCCUCUGAAAGAAUGGGGAUAUAGAAGUCAUGCCGGAGAGAUAUACAUUGGGAAGGAGAAUUUGCAGCCUGAGCCUCAAGACAUUCAUCUUUGUUACGGUGAUGAAGAUAAAGAUUGUAUUACUGGAAGUGACGGAGACAAUUUGUGGUUUCAAGAGGAGGAUAUAUCUUCAAUUAUUCCAGUGGACUUCCUUGACGAAAUACGGAAUUCAAAAUGGGAUAUUGAAGAAGCAGAACCUAAUACAGAAAUGGAUGAAGCAAUGAACAGAAUCCAAAAAAGAUGGCCAAAACUUCCCGUUCCUACGAGAUAUAAACUCUGGCAACUAUUCUUCGCACAUAGAGAUUAUUUUUGGAGAUUGGGCGUUUGUUUGCCAGGUGGUGAUCCGUUGGAUUGGAGGAGACCGCGGUAUAAUUUUACGGGAAUGGAGGAUGUGGUAGAAAGGGAGAGGGAGAGGGAGGGGGAGAAGGAGAGGGAAGAACUUUGAUUAUUAAUACCUAAGAAGAUACUGUUCAUGGCUUUUAUGGAUUAUGAUUAGGUAGAUGAAUGGAUGGAUGGAUACUGGAUGUGUAUAAAUUGGUGAAUUACAAAUUCAGGAUUAAAAACUACCUAGCUAGGGACCUACCUAAUAUAUCGCUCGCUUUAUGAGUAUGAGUUGAUGAACUUGGAAAUGGGUAGAGUAGAGUAGAGUACUAAUCGCAU